UCCUAUCCUAAAAACCAAAAGCAAAAGAAGAGCUUAAUCAGUCUUUUCAAACACAAUGGCUUCAACAAACAUGAUGAAAAAGACGAUAGCUCUCGUCCUCACCAUCAACCUCGUCUUCUUUGGCUUCACCGUGGCACAAGCUCCACCACCUCAAGCUCUGACGUGUCCCAGAGACAUCCAAGCUUGUGUCGACGUGCUUGGCCUCAGCGUGUUCCUCAAUGCUGAAAGAGUGAGGCAGUGCUGCACUCUCGUGGCUGGGCUUGACGCCGGUGUGGCCUCUGUGUGCCUCUGCAAUGCCGUUAGAGUCAAUAUCCUCAAUUUAUUGUUCGUCAGUGUAAGACUUGGUCGGCUUCUUGAUUUAUGCCGUAUCAAUCCCCCAACUGGUUUCACAUGCGCUUAAUCCUCUCAUAAGACUAUAUAAGAAAACCAUAUUAUCGUAUAAUAAUGCUACAAGUAUAUAUGUUUCUCUAAUAAAUUAUAUGUGUGUUUAGCAUCAUGAUCUAUGUUGUUGUUGAAAUAAAGUGAAAACUUUUGUACUGUUUUCACAUGUUCGUAGUUGUGUUCUUCAAGUUAAAGUUACAUGUGUUGUAUCUCUUAUUUCGGCUAAUAAAAAAACAUAAAUUACACUA